AUAUAAUUGAUAAUUCUCUGAAAACACACGUCUUUCACGUUGCUACUGUGUUUGGAAGGGGAGAAAAAAAAAGUAGCAUAAAAAGCUCCAUUCUGCUUUCCCUCUGUUCUGUUUUUUGUUGGGUGGUUUGAAGUGGACACAUGCACCAAUAACUCUUCAGCUACUAACCUUUACUUUCAUUUGCCAUUGUUUCAAGCUAUACAAGCUACAUGCUUUUUCUUUUGUGGUCAUUGGUUCUUUAUAAAUAUAUCAAGGAAAAAGGGUUCAUUUCCAAUCUGUAAAGGGUUGAAGGUGAAUUUGGUUUAUUCCACUUCCGAUAUCUCUUCAACGCUUUUCCUUAGCAUUGUCUCGAGUGGGAACCUUUUCUUCUGGCAUUGGGUUUCUUAAAAGGGUAUAGUUGGAAUCUUGGGAGGGAUUGAAGUCGUUUUUUUCCCUCUCUUCAGCCUUCGUCUUUGCAUUGUCUUGGCAAGUAAAAAGCUGUUUUUCUUUUCCAUCAAUUUUCUGGUACUGAGUUCCUUAGAAGGAAGGGAUUGAAGUGUUGUGAAGGAGAAGAUGUCGAUCCCAAAGGAGCUAGAGCAAGUUAUGAAGCUGAGAGGGGGAUCAGUGUUGGGUAAAAAGACCAUUCUCAAGAGUGACCAUUUCCCUGGAUGCCAAAACAAGCGCUUGUCUCCCCAGAUCGAUGGUGCUCCCAAUUACCGUCAGGCGGAUUCAUUGCGUGUUCAUGGUGUUGCUAUUCCAACAAUUGUUGGAAUUCAAAAUGUUCUUAAACAUAUUGGAGCCCAGAAAGAUGGGAAGCAAGCACGUGUUCUUUGGAUUAGUCUACGGGAGGAACCGGUUGUAUAUAUUAACGGACGUCCUUUUGUUUUGCGUGAUGUGGAAAUGCCAUUCUCGAACCUUGAAUACACGGGAAUUAACAGGGAUAGGGUUGAGCAAAUGGAAACUCGAUUAAAGGAAGAUAUUCUGAUGGAAGCUGCCAGAUAUGGAAAUAAGAUCCUUGUCACCGAUGAACUGCCGGAUGGUCAGAUGGUGGACCUGUGGGAACGAUUGUCCUCUAAUUCUGUGAAGACACCACUAGAGGUGUAUGAAGAAUUGCAACUCAAAGGGUACCUGGUUGACUAUGAGCGUGUGCCUAUAACAGAUGAAAAAUCACCGAAGGAGAUGGAUUUUGAUAUUCUGGUUAAUAAACUUUCUCAAGCUGAUAUAAGGACAGAGGUUAUUUUUAAUUGUCAAAUGGGACGAGGAAGAACUACUACUGGCAUGGUGAUUGCAACAUUGGUUUAUCUCAAUAAAAUUGGAGCUUCUGGCAUUCCAAGAACCAAUUCAAUAGGGCGAGUUUCUGAGUCUGGUUCUAAUGUCACUGACAAUCUGCCCAAUUCCAAGGAAGCAAUUCGGAGAGGAGAAUAUACUGUCAUAAGAAGCCUGAUUCGGGUCCUAGAGGGUGGUGUUGAAGGGAAAAGACAAGUGGACAAGGUCAUUGACAAAUGUGCUUCAAUGCAGAACUUAAGAGAAGCGAUUGCCACUUAUCGUAAUAGUAUUCUUCGUCAGCCGGAUGAGAUGAAGAGGGAAGCAUCACUUUCAUUUUUUAUGGAGUACUUGGAGAGAUAUUACUUUCUUAUAUGCUUUGCUGUAUACAUUCAUUCAGAGAGAGCAGCUCUCCAUUCUAGUUCCUCUAAUCAUACCAGUUUUGCUGACUGGAUGAAGGCAAGGCCAGAGCUAUAUAGCAUUAUUCGCAGGCUGUUGCGAAGAGAUCCAAUGCGUGCUCUUGGAUAUGCAAGUUUGAAGCCGUCUUUGAAAAAGAUUGUUGAAUCUGCUGAUGGUCACCCUCAUGAAGUGGGUUUAGUUGCUGCUCUCAGAAAUGGAGAGGUUCUUGGGAGCCAGACUGUUCUAAAAAGUGACCAUUGUCCUGGUUGUCAGAAUGUAAGCUUACCUGAGAGAGUAGAGGGUGCUCCUAAUUUCAGAGAGGUUCCUGCGUUUCCAGUUUAUGGCGUUGCAAAUCCAACAAUUGAUGGAAUUCGAUCUGUCAUUCGAAGAAUUGGCAGCUCCAAAGGUGGUCGUCCAGUUUUUUGGCACAAUAUGCGGGAAGAACCUGUCAUCUACAUUAAUGGAAAGCCAUUUGUUCUCCGUGAGAUCGAAAGACCCUAUAAGAACAUGUUGGAAUACUCGGGAAUUGAUUGUGAGAGAGUGGAGAGAAUGGAAGCUCGAUUGAAGGAAGAUAUCCUUCGAGAAGCUGAACGCUAUGAUGGUGCUAUAAUGGUCAUUCAUGAGACAGAUGAUGGGCAAAUAUUUGAUGCUUGGGAACAUGUCAACUCUGAUUCUUUACAAACUCCACUAGAGGUUUUUAAAUGCUUAGAGGAUGAUGGUUUUCCCAUUAAGUAUGCACGUGUGCCCAUUACUGAUGGCAAAGCUCCCAAAAGUUCUGACUUUGAUACUGUAGCUGCAAACAUUGCUUCUGCCUCAAAGGAUACUGCUUUUGUAUUCAAUUGCCAGAUGGGAAGAGGGAGGACAACUACUGGUGCUGUAAUAGCUUGCCUUGUUAAGCUUCGUAUUAGUUACGGGAGACCGAUUAAAGUCCUGCUUGAUGAGGUGAAGCAUGAACAGCCAGAUGGAAGCUCUUCAAGUGGUGAAGAAAGUGAAAGUAAUGCCACUAGAUUGACCUCUAGCACUGUUGAAGUAAGAACUAGAACUGAGCAAGGCUAUGCAUUUGGCAUAGAUGAUAUCCUAUUGCUGUGGAAAAUAACAAGAUUAUUUGAUAAUGGGGUGGAGUGCCGUGAGGCCUUAGAUGCAAUUAUUGAUAGAUGUUCAGCACUCCAGAACAUACGACAAGCAGUUCUGCAGUACCGGAAGGUAUUCAACCAACAGCAUGUUGAACCAAGGGUGAGGAGAGUAGCACUGAACCGUGGAGCUGAGUACUUGGAGCGGUACUUCCGUUUAAUUGCUUUUUCUGCAUAUCUUGGAAGUGAAGCAUUUGAUGGGUUUUGUGGACAAGGAGAAUGCAUGAUGACAUUUAAGAGUUGGUUGCAUCAGAGACCAGAGGUCCAGGCAAUGAAAUGGAGUAUUAGAUUAAGGCCUGGGCGAUUUUUUAAUGUCCCUGAGGAGUUGAGAGCGCCACAUGAAUCCCAACAUGGUGAUGCUGUGAUGGAGGCCAUUGUGAAGGCACGUAACGGUUCUGUUUUAGGAAAAGGCUCUAUACUUAAAAUGUACUUCUUUCCCGGUCAGAUAACUUCCAGCCGCAUCCAAAUUCAUGGUGCACCUCAUGUUUUUAAGGUCAAUGGAUACCCUGUUUAUAGCAUGGCAACUCCAACAAUUAUUGGUGCUAAAGAGAUGCUAGCAUAUCUUGGUGCCAAGUCCAAUGCAAGAGUUGCUGGUCAGAAAGUGGUAAUAACUGAUCUGAGGGAAGAGGCGGUUGUUUACAUUCAUGGCACACCAUUUGUACUGAGGGAGUUAAAUAAGCCUGUUGAUACCCUAAAGCAUGUUGGAAUUACUGGCCCUGUGGUGGAAAACAUGGAGGCACGACUAAAGGAAGAUAUAUUGUCUGAGGUUAGACAGUCUGGUGGCCGAAUGCUUUUACAUCGUGAAGAAUAUUGCCCAUCUUCAAAUCAGUCCAGUGUUGUAGGGUACUGGGAAAACAUCUUUCCUGAUGAUGUGAAGACACCUGCUGAAGUUUAUGCUGCUCUAAAAGAUGAGGGGUAUAAUAUAGCAUAUGGAAGGAUACCUUUAACUAGAGAGAGAGAGGCUUUAGCUUCUGAUGUGGAUGAAAUCCAGAACUGUCGAGAUGAGCCCUCAGCAUGUUACCUUUAUGUCUCGCACACCGGAUUUGGAGGGGUUGCAUACACAAUGGCAAUUAUCUGCUGCAGACUUGAUGCCGAGGUGAACUUUGGGACAUCCAGCGUCACACAAACAAUGGUUAAUGGAGAUCAAUAUUCUACACCUGAAGAAAGCUUGCCAUCCUGGACUUCUGAAGAAGAAGCACGAAGGAUGGGUGAUUACCGUGACAUACUAAGCCUUACUAGAGUUCUCAUGCAUGGUCCCAAAAGCAAAGCAGAUGUUGAUAUCAUUAUUGAAAGGUGUGCUGGUGCAGGGCAUAUACGAGAUGAUAUCCUUCACUAUAGUAAGGAACUUGAGGAAGUCGCGGAUGAUGACGAUGAGCACCGAGCAUACCUCAUGGAUAUGGGUAUUAAAGCUUUAAGGCGUUACUUUUUCCUCAUAACAUUCCGGUCAUACCUAUAUUGCAAGUCUCCAACAGAGACAAAAUUCACAUCUUGGAUGGAUGCAAGGCCAGAACUUGGACAUCUUUGUAAUAAUCUUAGAAUUGAUAAAUAAUUUGGCAUACUAUAGUUCCCUUCAAAAUGUCAAAUGUAUAUUUGUAUUUAUGUAUGCAUGUAUGUAUGUAGAUUGUAUAGGUCUCAAUGCCUAUGAAUUAUUGCCCUAUCCAGUUUUUACCAUCUUUACCGGUGUAUGAUUGAUUGCUUUUAUAUGAAUAUGAUGAGGGUUAGUAAUUUGAUGUGAAA